AUGAUUAAAUUAAAAAAAAGUUUUCAAAAGGUAGACAUAUUUGGUGUUAAUUUAACAUUCAGAAUAUUAAAUGAAAGAAGUAAUAAGACUUGGAUAGGAGGAAUUAUUACAGUAAUUAUCAGUGGACUUAUGUUGUAUCAAAUAUAAGAUUUAAUUCAGUCUUUAAUUAAACAAGAAUCUCCUUAAGUAGUUUAACAAUAGAAUUAUGUUUAUCAGCCAGAGCUUUUUAGUAUUAAUCCAAAGACCUUUUCUUUUGCAUUUGGUAUGUAAAAUUCUGUUGGAGCGCAUUUUAAAAAUGAAACUAUUUAUAAAAUUAUUGGUAUAUAACAAGAAAAUCAUAGAGUCUUCAAUUAAACAACUAAUAAUUACGAUUUAAUUACAGUUUUUAAAGAAAUCAAGAUUGAAUCAUGCACGACAGAACACUUUUAAAUAGAUGAUGUGAGAGAUUAUUUUUUAAAGCUUCCCUUAAAAAAUUUAUAUUGCAUCAGUCUAGAACAAGGUGAUUUAAGUGUUGAAGGAGAAUUCUCUGCAGUAGUGUUUAAAUAAAUUAACUUACAAGUUGUUGAAUGCACUCAGUAAAACUGCACUGAUUCUCAAGCAAGAUAGACGAUUCUUUCAAACUCUAGAUUAGCGAUUUAUACUUCUGAUAAUAUUGUCUAAGUAACUAAUAAAGACAAACCUUAUAAAUUAGUAGGUAAAAAUCUAUUUUGGAUUUACAGUACAUUUCUUGAAUACGAAAUUAGGUAUUAGAUCAUCAACAAUUAUCUCUAUACAGACAAAGGUAUAGUCACAACUCACAACACAACAGAUAGGGUAGUUAAUUAUAGCUCUGAUAGAGUUUAAGUCUAUGGAAAAACAACAUCAAGGAUGUUUAAUUUUUAUAUAGUUUAUGAAAAAAAUAAAGAAAUAGCUUAUUUUCGCAGAGGUCUGUUAAGUAGACCUAUUUCUUAGGUAGAAUUAAAUAGAAAAUUAAUAAACAAACUUUUUGACUUUGAUGAUACAUAACAAGUAAUUGAGAAUUAAAAAGAAAUUCAACAACAAAAUUGUAACAACCAUAAAAAUUUCCCUUAAUAAACUCGCAUCACAAAAAAAUAGUAAUCUUCACCCAAAAGACAAUCUUAGCACUUAGAUAAUUUAAAUUAAGGAGACAUAGAUAGGAAAAAGAAAGAGCUUUAAAAAACUAUAAAAAACUAAACUAACCUCGAAACAAAUCAAUCUAAAUAAAGUGAUGAAGACAAAAUGAAAAAAAAAUUCAAUUUAACUGAUUAUUUUAUUAGCAUUUUUAGUUUUUUUUCAAAUGUAUUUAGAGUUAUUAAUAAAUUGAUAGAGUUUGAGAAACUCAAAAACCUUCUCCUUAAUGAAGAGCAGCUUAAAUUGUUUGAUUAUCUUCCUAAACCAAAAUUAAUUCAUAAUUAGAUAAAAAGCAGUACAUAAAUACCUAAACAAAGGAAAAAAAGUUUCUCAGCAUCUCUUAGAAGAAAUGAUACUGUAAACAGUCUAAAUUUCUAGUAAACUUAACAAUAAAAUGAUUUUAUAAUUACUGUUGAAAAAACAAAAGAUGAAAAAUUGAGAGAUGCUAUGGAAGCAUUUAAUAUCAUAUAGGGAAGACUGUGUUAUUUAAGAUUCAGCUAACACAGUUGUUUUUAACAACAAAAAUAGUAAAACUAAUUUCUAGCUGUUGACUCAAGAUGA